ACUGGGGGAUCAAGGUGGUGCUAGCCCCCUGCGGGUGGCUCUGCCAUGGCCUCCAAGCGCCAUGCGUCUUCCACAAAGCAGCUGGACAGUGGUGGUAAGAAAGCAAAGGGGGGAGAGGAGGAUGAUGCAUGGAAAUCCACUUUGGAAGCCCUGAAAACUGCUCCCAAGGAGAAGCCCCCUGCUACCAUCGAUGGGCUGUGUCCCCUGAGCUCAGCACCGGGUGCGCAGGUCUACGAGGACUAUGACUGCACCCUGAACCAGACCAACAUCAGUGCCAACAACAACAAGUUCUACAUCCUCCAGCUCCUUGAGCACAAUGGUGCCUACAGUGUCUGGAGUCGCUGGGGUCGUGUGGGGGAGGUGGGCCAGUCCAAACUCAUGCCCUCUGCCUCCCUGGAGGCUGCCAAGAAGGAUUUUGAGAAGAAGUUUCAGGAAAAGACCAAGAACAAAUGGAUGGCAAGAGAGAACUUCAUUGCUCAGCCAGGAAAGUACACACUCAUUGAUGUGCAGCCGGGUGCUGGGCAGGAGGCGGAGGUUGCCCUCAAGGUGGACAGUGUGGAUGGGACCACGGUCUGCAAGCAGCGGGUGCUGCCCUGCACCUUAGACAAAGCCACGCAGGACCUGGUGUCCCUCAUCUUCAGCAGCGACAUGUUCCGGGAUGCCAUGCAGACCAUGAAUAUUGAUGUGAAGAAGAUGCCACUGGGAAAGCUGAGCAAGCAGCAGAUUGCAAGGGGCUUUGAGGCACUGGAAGAGCUAGAGGCAGCGCUGCAGGAGCAACCCCCCCAGGCUGCCCGCCUGGAGGACCUCUCUUCCCACUUCUACACCAUCAUCCCCCAUAACUUUGGGCGGGCACGGCCACCUCCCAUCAACUCCCCUGACCUGCUGCGUGCCAAGAAGGAUAUGCUCUUGGUGCUAGCUGACAUUGAGGUGGCACAGAGCCUGCAAUCACAGAAGAUGAAGGAGGAGGAAGAGGAAGUUGCCCAUCCGCUGGAUCAGGAUUAUGCCCUGCUCUGCUGCCAGCUGUCCCUCCUGGACCCAGCCUGCAGGGAAUACCAGCUGAUCCAAAACUAUGUGACACAGACCGGGCACAACCUCCACAUCCUCAACAUCUGGCGGGUUGCCCGAGAUGGUGAGGAUGAGCGUUUCAAAGUCCACGACCUCCUGGAGCACCGGCGCCUGCUUUGGCAUGGCACCAAUGUGGCAGUGGUUGCAGCCAUCCUGAAGAGUGGGCUGCGCAUCAUGCCCCACUCUGGUGGGCGCGUGGGCAAGGGCAUCUACUUCGCCUCUGAGAACAGCAAGUCAGCUGGCUACGUGGGCUUCACGUCCAAGAAGGUUGGCAUCAUGUUCCUGUCGGAGGUGGCCCUUGGCAAGUCUUACCGCAUCACCCGCGAUGACCCCACGCUGCGUCAGCCUCCCCCCGGCUAUGACAGCGUCCUGGCUUGCGGCCAGACAGAGCCAGACCCUGCGCAAGAUGAGGAGGUGCUGCUGGAUGGCAAGAAGGUGCUGGUGUGCCAGGGCAAUCCUGUCCCAAUGCCUGCCUACAAGAACUCGUCCUUCAUGCAGAGCGAGUACCUCAUCUACCAGGAAAGCCAGUGCCGGAUCCGCUUCCUCGUCCAGCUCCAGUUUUGAGAGUGUCUGCACAACCUCUGCCCCAUCCCUGCACCAGCUAGCUCUGGCCACCGACGCACAGCGCAGUGGUCUUGACUCUCUUACUACCCCACCUAGUGGGGACAGCCUGGCAUGGGGACAGAGCUUGCUUUGAGUGUGAAUAAAAACCUGU